AUGGCUGCUGUCAAGACCCCGCACCUCUCCAACCCAUGGACCGCUGACGUAUUAGACGAACAUACAAGCAUCUCGACAUCGUCGCUUUUACUCGUCCUCGCGGGUGUUGCAGUGGCUACCAAAGCGCCCAUCAAAUAUGUUCAGCCGCUGAUUGAGUGGCUGCAGCAGCCUCAAGACACAUCCGAUCCAGCAAAGGAUCUUGAUGCUGCCCUUCCCUUCCGCGAGUGGCUUGUAGCCCUAAACUCCAAUCCCGAAAACUCCAAUGCUGGGAGGAGGCAGCUUGUCCAAGUCACUCUAGCCGUUGCGUUGCUGCGGGAAAAGGCACGGGCUGGUCGAGACUUGGACGCAGCGGGUAUCGAUUCGAUCUGGACCCCAAUCUACGAUGCUAUAAUCAGCGCGCAAGACACAGACCUUCAGUUCACUGUUUCUCGCAGCGCGCAGGGGUUCUUGGCCGUCCCGUUAUGCAGCCUCGUCAAAGAUGGACGCAUCCAGGAGCUGUGGCGGCUUCACACGUGGCUUCCUGACGGGCAACGGGGCGUCUCUGAGGAGGUGUGUAUUCAUGCACACCAGCCGUAUGGACAGAGCUGGGUAUUGCUGGGAUCUGGCACAGACUGCACCUUCAAGGUCGAUACCCCUGACGAUCCCUCCUUGACUACUCAUGCGCUCUAUGAGUGUUGCUAUGCUCCGGCAGACGGCAAGCAGAAUAGUGCGGGAUAUCAGACCCACCAAAUGAGUUCAACAAUCAGGAACACAGGGAAGCUUGUGAGAGUGACGCCGGUCAGUCGCGUACCGCAUUCGCGUGACAUGACUUACAGCGUUCCGGGAGGCGCCUACCAUCGUUCAAUCGUACCAGGCGGCAGGCUUCAUGCUACUCUUUUCGUCUUUGAUGCACAACGUGGAUACGACGAUGCAGCUGCCGUGCUGGGGCCAAAGGAUGGCAGUGAGUGGGUUCAGCCGCGUGAUCCAGAUGGCAUUACGGCCGAAGUCCUUGCUCAGAUUGUCAAUGCAACUCGAAAGUGGGAGCAAGAACGCGGAGCCGCUGUUGACGGAGAUGAGGAGCAUGAAGAUGUGAUGAAAUAUUAUCGAUUUUUCCGAGCCAUGGAUCUUCUCAAGGAUGGGCGUGAAGAAAAUGCCUUACAGUAUUUGGAGCCACUGAAGAGAUCUACAACAGCCCAAGCAUUCGAUCAUAAACCGUCUGCGGAGCAUCAAGAAUAUGUCACAGAGGGUAUAAAGGGAGGUGUGGUUAGUUCCUGA